AUGGCACAAGAUGGACAGGCCAUUCUCGGUAGCCUUUAUGUCUUUGCUCCCAACAAGGGCGCGCCCAUUUUCUUCAUCAUCGCUUAUGCUAUCUCCGCCAUCUUUCACCUGUGGCAAUGCUACCGAUAUAGAUCCUGGAAGUUGAUAGGACUACACCCGCUGUGCGCAGUUCUGUUCACCGUGGGAUAUGCGAUGAGAGAAUAUGGGUCCUACAACUACAUGUACAACCCCGAUGAUAAGACGCCUUUGAUAAUAUGCAUUCUGAGCCAAAUCUGCAUCUUGGUCUGCCCUCCAUUUCUGGAGCUAGCCAACUACCAUGUCCUUGGCCGUGUGUUCCACUACGUUCCUUACGCCGCCCCCAUGUCCCCUAGCCGAGUCACGUCUUUUUUUGGCGGCCUAAUGGCCGUUAUCGAGGGUCUGAACGCUGCGGGAGUAUCCCUGUCCGCCAAUGCCAAUGCGAGCGAAGCCUCCAAAAACACCGGACACAUCCUGGUUCUCGUCGCCCUUGUCCUGCAAGUCCUUGUCAUCAUGGUCUUUGCCUGCCUCUCCAUCUCGUUCCACCGGCGGUGCAUCAUGGCCAGGUUCCCCAUGCAGACCAAAGCAGUCAAGUCCACGCUUAUCACGCUCUACAUGAGCAUGGUCUUGAUAUUUGUGCGCUGCGUCUACCGGCUUGUGGAGAACGCUACUGGCACGACAAGCGUUGACAUCGAUGACAUCGAGGCGCUAGAAGAUCUGAGCCCUAUUCUCCGGUACGAGGUAUACUUCUACAUCUUCGAAGCGAGUCUCAUGCUCGUCAACUCACUGCUGUGGAACGUUCGGCAUCCAGGCCCCUAUCUGCCUCAAGACCAUCACAUAUACCUGGCACGGGACGGGACCGAAGUCAAGGGAGAGAAAAGCGCGAGUGAUGACAGGCCAUUUCUCUUGAACAUGGUGAAUACUCUAUUUUGCGGUCUGCUCUUUCGCGACAAGAAGCCGGCCACACAAGCGCAUUUCCACGAGCUUACUGAAGAGCGCCAUAUUAAUGGUCACAGCAGCUCCACUUCGGUUUGA